AUGACAAAAGCAUGUUACCAAUUAUUUCAAAAAAACAAAAACCCAUCGGAUAUGGAUAUUGAGCAAGCUUUUAAACAACAAGUUCAAACUAACUAUUCUCAGAAAAUGCAAGAGCUUGCUAAUUUGGAUGGGUGGAAUAAUUUUUGGAAUGCUGGAUAUUCCAUUUCGUUAGAAUACUUUCAAAAUCUCGGAAGUUCAUGUGUUCACAAACUAAAAGAUACUACUUGUAUCUUUUUAAAUUUAUUUUCUGAUAAGCUUAGUCAAUUUGCUAGCUCUAAAGAACUUAGAUCUUGGAAAGAAUCUGAAAGAGUCAAACAAGCAAGAAAUAAUUUCAAAAAUAAAGUUGAUAAUAAUAAUUCAAAUUCUUCUUAUAUAAUCGAAGCUAUCUUAUAA